AUUUCGCGCGAAGCCUACACAGUCGUAUAAAAAUCAGCGCUAUCCCAACUAGCCAGACAGCAGUCAUCCACUCAUUAGCCUAUUACCACCACUAUCCCGAAACGGUUAUAACUUUCGACUACACAUAAUACCCACACGUUCCCUACACCGCACCACAGCACAACAUGCAGUUCACGACCGCGCAGACGCUUGCCCUGGCGCUGGCCCUGGCCGGGUCUGCCGCCGCCGCUCCCACCGAGCAAAAGCCCAACUUCGACAACCCGCUGGUCAACCGCAACGGGACGACGAAGCUGCUGGGCUACAUCCGGGGCUCGGACCACGACGCCCCGAAGAUCAACAAGAUGGGCACGAUCACGGAUCUGCAUGCCUCUCAGGCCGAGCUCGGCUCCGGCUGGGGCGCGUACAUGCUGCAGAAGCCGCCGCAGGUGGCCGCGGAGGACUUUGACAUCAACAACUGGCUCUGCGUCAUCUGGGCGGACACGAAAGCGUUCCAGACGGCGCCCAAGGUGUCCGCUUCGCAGAACCCCGACACGGUGCUGGACCAGUGCAUGGCGCGCUUGCAGCUCAACCCCGCGGCGACGGUGCGCAUGGGCGUCGAGAGCGAGAUGGGUGGCGUGGCGACGCUGAAUGUCCCCGUCGAGCUACUCAAUGAUGGCUUUUUGAAGAUCGGCGCGCAGUGCGCUAGGCUUGAGGAAGGCGAGGACUUGGACCAGUACCCUGCUGCGCAGUACGACCAUCUGAAGAACUUUGUUGACUGUAAUAAGACGGCCUAGUCUGGGGGUGUGGGAUGCUGUGGUCUUCUUGUAUAAUGUAUUUAUAACCCACUGAACUUAGUCGCUCCUUCUACGAUACCAUUCUUAAGCC